AUGGCCAAGCCUAGGGGUCUCUAUACAGCUCGCAAGCAGGUCGCGGACCGUCGUGACAACCGCUGGAGUGACGCUCACUUCAAAAAGCGCACCCUCGGCAACUUCUACAAGACCUCGCCCACUGGUGGCUCUUCUCAAGCUAAGGGUAUUGUGCUUGAGAAGAUCGGUGUCGAGGCCAAGCAGCCUAACUCGGCCAUUCGAAAGUGUGUCCGUGUGCAGCUGAUCAAGAACGGUAAGAAGGUUUCUGCCUUCGUGCCGUUCGACGGUUGUCUUAACUUUGUUGACGAGAACGACGAAGUCCUGAUCGAAGGUUUCGGUCGUAAGGGUAAGGCGAAGGGUGAUAUUCCCGGUGUGCGUUUCAAGGUCGUCAAGGUCUCUGGCUGUGGUCUUGCUGCCCUCUUCAGGGAGAAGAAGGAGAAGCCCCGUUCGUAA